AGUGAGUUUGUGACUCACACAGCGUAUCCUCCAGUCAGUAGUGAAAAACGAGUCCCGCGAGAGGCAGCCGUUUCUUUUGCCGUGUUUCCAUGCAUCGUCGUCGUCGCCGUUUUUGCUGUUGUGUACCCUCUUAUAAGUUUGCACGGGAUCGGUUCGCUGUUUUCGUUUUGUUAGUAUUAUUUUAGUUCGUGCUUUGCAUUUCCACCCCAAGCCCGUGAAAACAUAAUCGAAAGCACAAGUAUUCAACAAGUGUGUGCCUCCAGCGAAAACUUCCGAAGUUAAGGUCCCCGCUAGCAGUUUUGGGGCGCCUGCCAAAGGAAAAGCGAGUGAAAUUUCAUCUUUUGCACUGCAGUAGCAGAAGCAGUGGUGUCUGAUGUGCUGAUCUUGUUGAGCGUGUGUGUUUGGGAAAUAACAAGAAGAGAAGGUGAAAAAGCAGAACAAGUGAAGAAAAAUGGGUUGUGCUGUGAGUAGAGAUAAGGAAGCUAUCGAACGUUCGAAGAAUAUUGACCGAGCCCUGCGUGCCGAUGGAGAACGUGCGGCCAGCGAGGUGAAGCUACUUCUGCUAGGGGCGGGAGAGUCCGGAAAAUCAACAAUAGUCAAACAGAUGAAGAUUAUCCACGAGACAGGCUACUCACAAGAGGAAUGCGAACAGUAUAGGCCAGUGGUGUACAGCAACACAAUCCAGAGUUUAAUGGCAAUCAUCAGGGCGAUGGGACAGCUGCGGAUCGACUUCGCAGACCCAAGCAAAACAGACAUUGCCCGCCAGUUUUUCACAUACGCCUCCGCCACAGAGGAAGGCGAACUGACGCCCGAGCUGGUCUCGCUUAUGAAGAAACUCUGGACCGAUCCGGGCGUACAGCUGUGCUUCUCCCGGUCGCGCGAGUACCAGCUGAACGAUUCCGCAGCGUACUACCUCAACUCGCUGGAUCGGAUCUCGCAGCCAAACUAUAUCCCCACCCAGCAGGACGUGCUUCGGACGCGUGUCAAAACCACUGGUAUCGUCGAAACGCACUUUAGCUUUAAGGGAAUACACUUCAAAAUGUUUGACGUUGGUGGACAGAGAUCAGAGCGGAAGAAAUGGAUACACUGUUUCGAGGGUGUAACGGCAAUCAUUUUCUGCGUAGCACUGUCAGGUUACGAUCUAGUACUUGCGGAGGACGAAGAGAUGAAUCGUAUGAUCGAGUCGAUGAAGUUAUUCGAUUCGAUAUGUAACUCCAAAUGGUUCGUCGAUACUUCCAUCAUACUGUUCCUGAAUAAGAAGGAUCUGUUCGAGGAGAAAAUCACCCGAUCGUCACUAACCAUCUGCUUCCCGGAAUACACCGGAUCGAAUACAUACGAGGAAGCCUCCAGCUACAUCAGAAUGAAGUUCGAAAAUUUGAACAAACGAAAAGACCAGAAAGAGAUCUACACACAUCUUACCUGUGCAACAGACACCACCAAUAUCCAGUUCGUGUUCGAUGCCGUGUCCGACGUCAUCAUAAAAAACAAUCUCAAGGAUUGCGGGCUGUUCUGAACGAAAUCAUGACGGGCGGACAACGAAAUUGAAAAAGUAAAAUGCGCACACAUUCUCAAAGACUCAUACAAUAUCACAUAAAAGCAGCGAAUGCAUUCUACUCCUACCCCAAAACUUGUUCUCUCUCCACUCUAAAAAUCAAACAAAAAAAUCUAUCUUGACAGCAAGCAGGCGUGUUAUUUCUGUGAAACGAAGUUAUAUUCUUGUUACUUUAAGUUAGAAUCUUCAUAUGUAAACUGUAAUAUCCAUGUACCCAACCUUUGAAAGAAUCGCGUUUGUGUUCGAUGGAAUCGCGUUGGUGUUCGAUGAUCCAGGAACAUAUCAUGCAAUCGUGGCACAAAACUCUGGUGACUUGAUGUUCCACACAGAUAGUAAUUUCAGAACUCAAACAAUGAUGAGGCGCACAUUUGAAACAUACUGAAAACACGCUUAUGUUAAUAAUAACUAUAAUUAUUGCUUUUAAUUUAAGACGAAGAAACAUAUAAUUCAAAAAAUGUUUUGCCAGUUACGGGUGUAACUGUGAAAACACAUCCAUUCAUACAAUAUCACAACACACAUAAAGAUGAUGAAUUUAUUGAAAACAAAAAAAGAAAUAGUUUAGACAUAUUUUUAAUAUUUUUUGAAAUAUGUAUUAACUUCAUGUUGUUUGAACAUAGGGCACGACGCGCGCCCUGUACUGAUAAAAAGUGCGUGCGUGCAACUGUUAGCUAAUUGAGCAAACGAAAGGUUUUGCUUUUGCUGAAGCAAAACGAAGAAAAAAAAGUUAAGUGAAAACAAAAGAAUAUAUUUAUACCUUAAUGUUAGAUGUUAUCCAUGAAAGCAAGCAAGAAAUGAAAUCAUGAAACACAGGGCUCUCGUCAUUAUUAUCAACCUCAACAAACCGUUCCCACAAGCGCCAAACUUCCUUUUUUCUCCAAUAUCGAUGUGUAUCUGUGUAGCUAUUUAUUAUUUAGAUUAAUUGCGCGUUCUGCGAGGUAUGGCUAUUAAAUAACGAAACUGGUCACGAAAAAUGGUUAUAUUUUUAAAAUCACGGUACAACGAUAUGCUCCCUUUCAAUAUACUCCCCUUGGCUCCUCACACAUCUUUCCAUACGUUUUUUCCAAUGUUCGAAGCAGUGCUGAAACUCUUCUUUUGUGAUGGCGUUCAAAAGCCGCGUCGCUUUUUUCCUUUCAACAUGGAUUUGAUCUUGGGGAAUAAAAAAAAGUCGCAUGGGGCUAGAUCUGGCGAGUACGGGACAUGUCGAGCACUGGAAUGCCCUUAUCGGUUAAAAAUUGCUUCACCGACAGCGCGUUAUGGUCAGGUGCGUUGUUGUUCGUGUUUUUCGUCACAAAUGAUUUCCGACACGCACUACAAAGCACGUUUCAUUCAAACCACUGCUGCUCGCAAACUACUAUAGUGACAAAAACUUGUUUUCAUACGUUUAUAGCAGACACUUCAAGCUACCGAACGCACUAUUCGUUUUCCCCCCACCCCUCUAGGGCGCCCUCGUUAUUUAAUAGCCAUACCUCGUACUUCUCUUCUAGCACUCGUUAACAGUUGCGAACAAAACAUUCUGCUUCAAGCAUGGAUUACGUCUUCUAGAAGACAUUCAUUCCAAUAUAAGCAUUUAAUUUUGCGUCUUUUUUUUAAACGAAUUUAAACUAGGAGUAGCGAAUCGAUUAGGCAUAAAAUUUCCGAAAACUUUUGCAGCAAUUCUACCGGUGAAAUUAUAAUCCAUUAAGACUGAAACGCUUCCUCUUUUUAAAUCCCUGUUUUUGUAUUACCAUGAUAUAUGUUUGCUUGUGAAUCUUUAGAGAGACGUGCGGUUUGCAGGAAGAAAGCAACAACACUACCGGUGAUAAUUGAAAGGCAACGAUUAAAUUUUUAUACAAUAACAAAAAAAGUGUUUUUAAAGAUAUUUUCCCCAUACUUAAGAUCCGUAAGUGAAGAAGAAGAGCCAAAUGCGAAGAUUCCUUGAACGAACAGAAAUGCUUACGUUGGUCUAAAAGUAGAAAUGUUGAAAUAGUUAUUGAUAGCGAGAUAAGAUAAAGAAAAAACAAAACCAUUGUCAUCUUUGUGAAACAUGCAUAUACAUAGUUACUGUAUUGGAAGUGUGAGCAAAUAUCUACUGAGAUCCAAAAUGAUAAAUUAUUUUGUACUACUACUACUUGUUCGCUAAAAAAUAUAUUUUGAGUAAGAGGCAAAUCAAAUGGACAUAUUUUUACAUCAAAUGUAGAAAAAGUGCAAGUGACACAAAUGAGUCUGCGUAGAGUUUGUUGUAUUCGCGUUUUCUCUAGAAUCAAAACAGACAAUUUGAUUUAUCGCCAGAAACAAACUACAUACUGUUUACUGUGUUUGUAUUCUCGGACGUUGAAUCCAACGAUUGUUUUUAGAUGCAGUUCCUCCAGAUUGGGAACGUUUUUUGAUAAAUAUUUUCCCCCUUCGAACUUGAACUAGAACUAAGCAGAAUGGUUCGAUGGGAAAGGGAAGGGCUCGAAGAAAAUGUCUACUACCUUAGGGGAACUCCUUCCUUUAUCCGAAUAAACGCAGGAAUUUAUGUUUUGAUAAGAUAUAUUACAAA